AUGGACCCCCACUCUUUUCCCGAUCCGCGCGCCCAAUUCCCCUCGCAUAACGGUCCUCGAGUAUGGCUGAUCACGGCGGGCGAUUCGCCAAUUGGUAUCUCAGUUUCCCGACAAGCCCUCAUGCAUGGCGACUAUGUACUGCUAGGCCUGGCACAUACAAUUCUUGAUCGCGACGAGCGCCGCAGAAAUGGCUUCGAUGCAUUUCUCGCCGAAGUGGACGAACAUCGCGAUGAGGGGUGGAAGCAGCGCAUGAAGACGGUUCCCUCAGACAUCAGAAUGAUGGGUGAAUGCCAGGCGAUCGUUGCCGAAACCGUCGCUGCAUUUGGGCGUAUAGAUAUCUUACUCUGCUGCACCAGUCAAACUCUCGUCGGUACUGUCGAAGAACUCUCCGCCUCUCAGCAAACCAUGAAUCUCGUCCGCGAUCAAUUCGAAAUCAACUACUUCGGUCCACUGAAUAUAAUCAAAGCCGCAUUACCACACAUGCGAAGAGAGCAUGCCGGACAUAUAAUGAUCCUAUCAGGAAUCACGGCGCAUAUCGGCACCCCCGGACUCGGCAUGUACUGCGCAGCCGGUUGGGCAUUGGAAGGAUUCUGCGACCAUCGAAAUAGGCAUCCUAACGAACCUAGUAACAAGCGUCCCACCAAUCUUCCCCGCCUACUCACCAGCAAACAACCACGCCCCUCUCUUCCGCGGAAUCCUAAACCACCUCGUCCCCGUCUCCCAGACGCCCAAUCCGAAGGCGUAUCCCCGGUCUCCGCCAACCCCGAUCCCAAUUCCAAUUCCAAUUCCAACCGCAACCGCUCCAACACGCAAGAGUCAUCAGAAAACUCAAACCCAAACUCCCGCGUCAGCUCAAUCGAAAACGGACCCUUCUCCGUCCCAGAAAUCGUCUCAAUGCAUCCACCACUCAGCUCAGCACAUCUGGAAGUCCUAGUUUCCGAGACCGUGUACGCGAUCACUUCGAUUGGGGGCCAUGAGAAUCCGCCGUCAAGACAUAUUGUUGGUCAGGAAGGUGUUGCUAGUAUUAAGGAGAAACUUAAGACUGUUAGUGAGGAGUUGGAGGAUUUUAUCCAGGCUAGUUUUGCUGUAGAUGUUGCUGUUGAUUCUGAUCCGACGCUGCCUGCUUUGGGGUCUUUUAAUUCCGAAAAUAAGAUGAAGACCUUGGGAGAAAAGAAAGUAGACAGUGCCCGCGAAUUGCCCGAAUUUGAAACCUAG